AUGGAGUUUGAGGGUAGUUGGGACAAACACUUGGCUUUGAUAGAAUAUGCUUACAAUAACAAUUACCAAUUGAGUAUUGGAAUGCCUCCUUAUGAAGCCUUGUACGAAAGGAAAUGUCGGACCCCUCUUUGUUGGAGUGAAGUUGGUGAAAGAAAGCUUGUUGGUCCUGAAAUUAUGGAACAAACAGAGGACAAGGUAAAAAUUAUCAAGGAUCGUCUAAAGAUUUCUUCGGAUAGCCAAAAGUGGUACGCUGAUCUUAGAUGGCGUGACAUUGAAUAUGAAGUUGGAGAUAAAGAAUUCUUAAAGGCGUCUCCAUGGAAAAAGAUUAUGAGAUUUGAUUAA